AUGACACAAGCACAUAUUACUGACAAAACAAAUUAUCAACGAUUGUUUCGAGAUCGAUCUGCAUCAACAAAAGAAAGUUUAAAGACUCUUUCAUUUAAUGUCUAUUCUUCUCGACAUUUGAUAUCCCCGCUUACAAAACAAAUUAAAUAUCAACCAUGCAAUAGACCUAUUUUACCACCAAUAACUAAAGAUGAGAAUCGAAAUCAACGAAAACUUAAACGUCCAUCCUAUCGUAAAUCUAUUUAUUGUUCUCUUAUGUCAAAUACUCCGCCAAUUGAUUUACCCGUCAUAACAACUAAUCGUACAAAACCUGAACUAUUAACAUUAUUACAAGAUGAAACAUUAAUACAUUUUCAAUAUCAUCAUGCUCCACCACCAACACCAUCGGAUGAUCAAUUAGGACGAAUAUUAAUUGAAUUAAAUCAAAAUGAAGAAUUUAUAACAGAUGUAUCUACAGAAGACAAUGAAAGUGGUCUUGUGCCAUAUCGUUUACCAGCACUUAAGCAGCAAUCAACAAAACAAUUACGUCAAGAAAAAAAUUCUCCACCUAAACAUAAUAUAGCAAUUCUAUCGAAUUAUUAUCAAACAUUAUAUUCGAAAAAUUGA